CCUAUGACACUCCUGACCUAUCUCAAUUUUGGGAACUUGAUUAUGUCUCACCUAAUCACUCACAAUCCUUAGAGGAAAGAGCAUGUGAGAAACAUUUUUUUGAGACAACCUUCCGCAAGGACGACGGUCGUUUUGUCGUCUCUAUGCCACUGAAGCAAGAUCCAAGUUUACUGGGACUCUCUUACGAAAACGCUAAAUGUAGGUUCUUGUCGUUAGAACGACGUUUUCACCGCGAUCCCAUCUUCAAAGAUCGUUAUUUUGAUUUCAUGCACGAGUAUGAAUCACUAGGUCACAUGACAUUAGACAAUGAUUGCGCCUCUAUGCCUAACAGCUCUAAGGGAAAUUAUUUUAUUCCACAUCACGGCGUUAUUAGGGAGUCUAGUUCCACUACUAAGCUUCGCGUAGUUUUCGACGCUUCAGCUCCCACUUCUUCAGGAGUGUCUCUUAAUGACCUCCAAAUGGUAGGGCCUGUCGUUCAGGAUGAUCUAUUCUCCAUUUUAAUACGCUUUCGCCAACAUAAGUACGUGAUUUCGGGCGACGUAGAGAAAAUGUACAGAGCGAUAGAAUUAAAUCCCAUCCAACGACCCUUACAAAAAAUCUUAUUUCGGUUCGAUACAAAGGAACCUCUUAAAACCUACACUUUAAAUACAGUAACUUAUGGUACUGCUUCUGCGCCAUAUUUGGCCACCAAAUGUCUAGUGAGCCUCGCGGACAAUUUAGAAGACAGUCACGUUAAAUCCGCUAUACAACGUGAUUUUUACGUAGAUGACUUCCUCCAUUCUGCUAGUUCAAUUUCAGAAACCAUCGAUGUUGCUAAACAAGUAGCAUCGGUACUGUCUUCAGCCCAACUUCAUCUACGUAAAUGGAAAUCAAAUUCUCCCGAAAUUUUGUCUCAAAUUAGUGGCGCGCAUUCUGGUGAGCCAAAUAAUUCUAUUGACUUUUCAGAGCAGGGCCAAGGCAACUGUCAGUCUAAAACUUUAGGUCUUCAUUGGAUUUGUAAUACAGACAACUUAACCUUUUCAAUUCAUAUAGAACAUUCUAAAAUUAUAACAAAACGUCACAUUCUUUCGGUAAUAAGCCAAAUUUUUGAUCCCCUGGGACUUGUGGGACCAUGUGUCGUCGAAGCAAAAAUCAUUAUGCAACGUUUGUGGCUAGAAAAGUACGAUUGGGAUGACACGGUUUCACUUGAAAUUAGGGACUUAUGGUUUUUGUUUGAAAGUACUUUAUCUUUUCUUAAUAAACUUAACAUCCCACGCUGGAUUUCCUGUGAGGAAUCGUCUAUUUACGAGGUCCAUGUUUUCACAGAUGCAUCCGAGAAGGCCUAUGGAGCUUGCCUGUACAUUCGAUCUUACAACCCUGGCUCAAACUCGGUGCAUGUUCAACUUGUGGCGUCUAGAAACCGCAUAGCUCCCAUAAAACCCACCACCAUACCUAGACUUGAACUCUGUGGUGCGUUGUUAGGUGCAAGAUUGUGUACAAAAGUAGUUAACUCGCUUACUUUGCACAUAGAUAAAUGUAGAUUUUGGUGUGACUCCACAAUAGUUUUAGGUUGGCUGUCAACUCCAUCUACUCAAUUAAAACCCUUUGUGCGAAAUAGAGUCAACGAAAUUCAAGAGAGUACUUGUGGUCAUACCUGGAGCUACGUGCCGUCAAAGGACAACCCGGCAGAUCUCGUUUCACGGGGCCUAAGAGCUGACGUCAUUGGCGACACCCGUCUGUGGUGGUCUGGACCGUCAUUUUUAACACAGAGUGAAAAUGAAUGGCCCGUCAUGCCUAAUGUCGUGAAGCGUGAUCUACCUGAAGUAGCUUCUCACAUCAUUAGCAGUAGUGAUGUUGUAGAUAAUGCUUGUAGUCGUAGUAGCGCUUUCUUAACCAAUAACAUUGACUUAACAAUUAUUCAAUCUUUAAUAUCGCAAUACUCAAGCUUUACUAAGUUACAGCGAGUUGUAGCCUAUUUGUGUAGAUUUGUUCAUAACCUUAAAAACAUAAAUAAUAAAAGGUGUGGCAAUCUCUCUUUAUUUGAAUUAAAAAGUUCUCAUGACUUAAUUUUACAUUGUGCUCAACUUCAAAUGUUUCCUAACGAAUACAAAUUAUUACAGUCCAAGAAGACAUUGCCACACAAAAAUAAAUUAAUUUCAUUAUCACCAUUCUUAGAUAACAAUGGUCUUAUUCGCGUAGGCGGGAGGCUUGAUAAUUCCCCCUACGACUAUAAUUUAAAACAUCCAAUCUUAUUAUGUGGCUCUCAUUACAUUACUAAACUUAUCUUUCAAAUGCAACAUAUAAAACUUUUACAUGCCGGCCCUCAAUUACUUUUGGCUAGCGUUCGCCAAACCUAUUGGCCUCUUAAAGGCAGAAAUCUUUCAAAGCAUGUUGUUAACAAAUGUGUAAUUUGUUACAGACAUAGAGCUCAAAAUGUACAACCUGUAAUGGGACAGCUACCUCUUAAUAGAACACAAUUAGAUUUUCCAUUUCAAAACUGUAAUGUUGACUAUGCUGGCCCAGUUUUGAUAGCCGAUCGAAAGGGACGUGGUUGUAAGUUGUUGAAAUCUUAUCUGUGCAUUUUUGUUUGUUCUGCAGUGAAGGCUGUACAUUUGGAGCUUGUUACGGACCUCACCACCGAAGCUUACAUGGCUGCUCUGAAUCGGUUCGUGGCGCGGCGAGGCAAGCCUCAAAGCAUCACGUCCGAUAAUGGCACUAACUUUGUCGGUGCAUCGAAUGAUCUGCAAAGGUUCCUUUCGAACCAAGACGAAAUGGUUGGCAUCCACAGGCGAGGUCAAGCCUGGACAGCUGGUGCUCAUCAAGGAGAAGACCCCGCCACUGCUCUGGUCACUAGGGCGNUUAGGGCGGGUCGUGAAGACCUAUCCAGGCGUGGAUGGCAUCACCAGGGUGGCCGAAUUGAAGACCAAGAGGGGGACCAUACGUCGAGCCUUCAACUGCAUCUGCCCGCUUCCACUUCAUUGAAGAAGAUGACUCUUCAACCCGGGGAGUAUGUUGGCGCUUCUCGAGUCCUCGGGCUUCAUCGAGAUCGAUCGGCCAUCAUCGGCUCCGCGCGAGGCGCCGGCACACUCCGUACGUGCCCGACGCCCACUCAGCCUCACGACCGUCACCGGCGUCAGACGCGGCCCUCCCACGUAGGCGCGAACUAGCGAU